AUGCCUUUCAAACUGUCACUCGUGUACACCAACUCGUUGCUUAUUGGUGGUCAGCUUGGCCAGGCCUUGUGUAAGCUUGUCUAUUUCUUUGGUAACGUUUCCCUUUUCGUUUCGAUACAGAAUCUGAUUCUGAUUGCGGUGGAUCGAUUUGGGGCAGUGGUGUUUCCACUCCGUUCGCCACUCAUCAGAUCCAAACUAAGUCCCUUCUUCAUUCUUGCCACGUGGAUAGUGGCCGUAGCUAUCUCUUCGCCAUAUUUGAUCGCCGGCGAUAUCGUUGAAUCCCCAGAGAGAACCAUGUGUGUUAUUGAAUGGGAGAAAGUAUUCGGAGAAUCAAUGUCCUAUGCCAGUAUCGUACUAGCUCACCAAAUUCUGUAGAUAUACAUCCCUGUGCUGUUGUUAGCUAUUGUUUACUCCAUCAUCAUUACGAAGCUCAAGACACAGGCACACCCAGGUGAACAGUCCGCCAACACUCAGCAACAGCGGAAAAGAAGAAACAGAAACGUGCUUCAAAUGUCCAUUGCUAUCGUAACAGUGUUUGAAUUUUGCUGGUUACCACUCUCUAUCAACGUUUUAAUCGUAGCGUAUAAGGACAGGUCCACGCAUUUGUCGUGUAGUUUCUCGCUAUACUUCAUUGUCACCUUUGAUAUGUCUAACGCAUACUAAGCUAUCAACCCGAUUAUCUGUUUCAUUUUUAGCAGUAAUUACCGACAAGCUCUUAAAAGACUUAUAAAAUGUUCUUCUGCACAGGCGUAGGUCGCAAAAUGUGCUUUGGUUGAAGAUGUUAAGAGUCAGAGGUUUGUAGAACACGCGUGAAUAAAUGUGUCAUGACUUUCAGUGUAUUUUUAGUAGUAAAAAUUAUCGAAAAAGUCUAACUUAAAAGACUCAUGAACUGUUCUUUUGAACGGACGUAAGUCACAGACAAUAAUGUGCUUUUGAUUAAAUAUGUUAAGAUUUAGAGGUACGUGAAACACUCUUUAAUAAAAAAAAUUACCACGAUUGCCUUUGGCGUACUUAACAAAGCAUUAAUAAAAUGUGUUCAUUUUAAGUCUGCCAUGACUGCGAAAAGUGACAACAUAGGCCGCGUAUUGUAAAAGGUUGGGUGGUAAAUAAAUCUGAGGGACGGACCAUUAGAAAAGUUACUGGGAGCGUAGAAGGCGAUAUUAUACAACUGCACAAUUAACAACUGUUAAUUAAUGAAGAACCGCUCCAAAGUUAAAGAAAGAGGAUCUCCCGAAAAAAAAGAAACGAAUAAAACGGACAAUUACGAACAUCUGGCUGUUGAAAUUUUAGCGCCACUCCAAGGUUUGACAGCAUUUUUGUGUCGUCAAAAGAAGCAAAGAAAAAACUCUAUGCUUUUGUGGCACGUACGCCGUUCGCCCAUUGGGCAAAACUGAUACAUGUACCAAGAAGUAAAACAGGAGUUAAGCGGCAAGGUGUGUCUUUUCUACAAAAUAAAUUAAAUGACAUUGCCCGUUUCAUACCUUUUGAUAGACAUUUUAAUUUUUUGCGUGAUGAAUUUUGAUCAACUAUGUUUACAUACAUAACGGGCGUAUUUCCACAUGCAAAUAUUAUGUAUCACACCAGUUGAAAAUGUUCGGCACCCAUAUUGGUUUCCAAACAUCUUUUUAAUCGAUUUCUAAAUACAACGACAAUGGCUUAUAGAUGGUUUUCACAGUCACGUCAUCAAAUUGUAAUGUCAAAAUAGCGAGGUUUUACGAAUUCUUAUAUACACUAGGUUGAAGACAAACAAAAAAUAAAUCUUUGCACAAGUUUCCAUUCCCCUAGCAUGUUUCAUUUCGAAAAUACAGCAAUUUGAACUUCCGAGUUUUCAUAGUGCGUGACACCAAAAUAGGAAUGCUGUCUCGUUGAAAACAUGUCUCUCCUGUUGAUUUUCAGCAGUAUAACCAUUUCAAGUAUUAGAAGCUAUGUUUAUGCGCACGUAUGCUAGUUCUCGACUGAAAAGAAAAAGCUUUUAUAGGAAAAAUGAACUCCAGAUGAUUAUGUUGAUUUCCGGCGGCUAUAGUAACAAUUAACGGAGUCAAAGAAGUAACGAGCCUCGUCUCUUUUGUUGAGAAAGAACCUGCUAGUUUCCCUUUGCCGACAGCAGACUCUUGGUUCUAUAAUUAUCCAUUUUUAGCUCGAUCGAGAGGUAAAUGAUAUAAAAACUGCCUAUUUUAUGCACACAUGAUAACAGGCAUUUAUUUUUGCCUCACAUUUUCCUUUAAUGGAAAGACUAAUGGCUUUACAACAAAUGAUUGACAAGAAAAACGCAUUUUGUUAUACUUAAUCCAUUUUGUCUAGUUUUUGCCAGGGGCAAAUUUUGUCCGCGGCGCCUUUAAAGAUUGCCCCCCAUAAGACAAAAAUUAGGAAAAGCGCGACAAACCGUUCGCAUUUGUUAGGCGUCAAUGAUGAGAGAAAAUUUGUUUAAAUAAACAAUUUUUCGCUAGUGAAAAAAGGCCCUACUAUCUUUUCAAUCGAUUUCUUAAUAUAGCCACCUGACUGUAUUCUGGCCAGGCCUUGUGCAAGCUUGUCCCUUUCUUUCGAGACGUUUCCUUGGAGGUUUGGAUUCAGAAUCUGAUUCUGAUAGCAGUGGAUCGAUUUGGAGCCGAGGUGUUCCCACUCCGUUCCCCACUCAUCAGAUCCAAGCUGUGUCCCUCCUUCAUUCUCACCACGUGGAUAGUUACCGUAGCUGUCAGUUCGCCAUACUUAUUCGCCAACAAGAUCGUCGAAUGCCCAAAGGGAACCUGGUGUGUUGCGAAAUGGGAAAAAGUAUUCAGAGAGUCAUCGUCCUAUGCCAGUUUCAUUCUAGCAAUCCUCCUUUUGUUUACAUACAUCCCCGUGAUUUUGUUAGUUCUUCUUAACUCCAUCAUCCUUAUCAAGCUUAAGACACAGGCACACCCAGGUGAACAGUCAGCCAACGCUCGACAACAGCGGAACAGAAGAGACAGAAACGUGCUUCAAAUGUCCAUUGCCAUCGUAACAGUGUUUGUGUUUUGCUUGUUACCGUGCGCUACUACCGUUUUAAUCAUAGAGUAUAAGGACAGGUCCUCGUCUUUCUCGUGUAGUUUCUGGAUAUACGACGUAGUCACCCUUUUUAUGGCUAACAUGUACUGUCCUAUCAACCCCCGUGAUCUGUUUUAUGUUUAGCAGUAAUUACCAAAAAGCUCUUCAAAGACUCAUAAAUUGUUCUUUUGCACAGUCGUAGGUCGCAAAAAUGUGCUUUUGGCUGAAGAUGUUAAGAGUUAGAGGUUUGUGGAACACUCGCGUGAAUACAUGUAUCAUGACUAUCACUUUUUUAGUAAUAAUUAUCGAAAAGUUCUUAGAAUACUCCUGAACUUGAAUGUUCCUUUGUACAGGCUAAGUCGCACAAAUGUGCUUUUGAUUGAAUAUGUUAAGCUUUACAAGGUACGUGGAACACUCUCGAAUAAAAAAAACACUACGACUGCCGUUAGCGUACUUAACUGAGGAUUAAUAAAAUGUAUUCAGUCGAAGUCUUCCAUCACUGCGAAAUGUGACAGCAUAGGCCACGUAUUGUAAACAGGUUGGGUGGCAAAUAAAACUCAGGGACGGACCAUUAGAUACGUUAUUGGGGGCGCAAGCGGGCAACGUACAACUAUACAACUAACAACUGUUAAUUUAACUGCAGAACAGCUACGUUUAAGGAAGAGGCUCUGCCGUAAAAAGGAAACGAAUAAAAGGGACGAUUAUAAACCUCUGUUGAAAUUUUAGCACCACCCCAAGUUUUGGCAGAAUUUUUGCGUCGUCAUAUAAGAAAUAAAGAAAAAACUGCAUUUUCCCGUGGCACGUACGCCGUUCGCCCACUGCAAAAAAUACAAUCCUAAAAGUUAAACAGGAAGUUGAAGAGGCAAGGUGCUGUCUUUUACACAAAAUCAAUUAAAUGAUAAUGCCCCUUUAAAAUGUUUCUAUAGACAUUUUGUCGCUUUAUAAAUUUUGUUCACCUGUGUUUAAGUACGUAAAGGGCGUAUUUCUACAUGCAAAUAAUAUCUAUCACACCAGUUUAAAAUGUCCACUUUAAUUGGUUAUCCAAAUGGCUUUAAAAUAGCAUUCAUAAUAAUAAACGUUAAUAUAAACGUUAUAAAUGACUCAAAUUAUUCUUAAGUGGCGUCAUAAUCCUACUUAAUAUCAUAUUUCGAAGCUAGGAAAUUUUGUUGUAUUUUCGAUCUUGGUAUCUUUAAAACUAACCCGUUUUCUCACCACCUGUCUAAGUGUAACUUCAUUCAAAAUUUGGACUUUUAGCACUUUCUUGUAUAUCUCUGAAACGACUUUUUUCGACUCGAACGAAUUUUUUUAAAAUCGCGUCACAUAAUCUUCAUACUGCAUAUAAUAAUGCCUCACAGAAACUUUCAUUGAGAUUGAUUCACUGCAACACCUUGAAAUUUCAAGACAAACCUAUCCUACUAACCGGCCAAAAAUCCGCGCUACAACAUUCACUGUUUUGACGUUGUGCUAAUUUUUCCAAAUUAAUGUGGACAGUACAUAUAUCCAUGACUAGUAAAUUUCAGUGUGAGUAUUGUCAAUGUUUUACAUUUAAAAGAUGCGAUAAAUUUAAACUAAAAUGUACUAGUCAUGGAGGUAUAUAUGUAUAGUGCGCAUUAUAGUGCGGAGAUUGUUUGCUAAACACCAAACUUUAAGUUCCUAGUGUUGGAUUUUCAGUAGCUGGUCUAGAUCACACAAAAUUCGGCUUUUAUCAAUUUUAUUGUUGUCAUGUUAAUAUCGAUUUUACACACAUUUCAAUCCAUACCCGAUUACUGGGGAAAAUUUUAUAGCGAUCGGACAAGGAAAAAAUCACUUUUAAGGUGAUUGAAAAAUACUGGUAUGGCCUCUGAAAAACUGUAUCGAAACACCUUAAUAACAACUAUUGUUUUCAGGCUUCUCAAGGUUUGAAAAGUUUGAAUCUUAACUGAUUGCCGCGGUGAAUAUUGCGUUGUACAGAAGGAGCGCAGCGAGCAUAAAACUCGAGAGUGGGGAAUGGAUCGAUCCAGCCUUGGAACUGCUUCAAACAGUUUACUGAGAAAACAAAGAACUACAAUGGCGAUAAAUUGCUAGUGUUCGUAGUUAAAAAACAAAAAAAAAUUCCUGCGCUCUUGAUUGAAAGACUCCCUGCCGGAUCACUCUUGACCGGUUGCCAAGUUACACUUUCUCGUGGGGCUAAGAACCACAUUUAUUUAAAAGAUGUUCUUGUCGUUGCAUUUUUACUACCUAUUUGACACAAAUUCAACAUACGUUUUGAAAUGGGCGUUUUGAACACAUUAGAAUAAACUAACAGCUCUACACUAGUGAAGAAUUUAAAAAUAACAAUGGUAAUAAUUAUAAUGAUAACUUCAUAAGAAUACAAUCCUGGUAUGUACAUGUACUGAUUUAAGCGAUGAAAUUGUAAGCAACAGAGGUUAUAGACUUCCAAAAAAGUCCUUCGUCCGGUUUCAUUCGCGAGGGCUAUACAAAAAGGGGAUGCUCUUCAGGGGUUACUGUAUGAUAUUAUUUAAAUUUUGUUUAGAAACCAAUUCUUUGUUCUCUCUCUUUGCUUUCCAUGGUUUUAUAUUGACUGGACAACCCAAGUUUGAAGGUGAAAUUUAAGAAAGAAAAUCGAUUUGACAAAGUAAAUAACUGGAAGGUUCAAUGCUAAUGAGUUUCUCGUAGCCAAUUACAAGACCUACUCAAGCAUUGAUAUGAGUUUCAAAGUGUUUGAGUCACUCUGGUCAUUAUAAAAAGGAUUGCCACAGCGUUAUCGAGUGCUAAAAUUGUAACCAACAAUUCGUAACAAUUAAAACCAGUCAAAGAAGUAACAAGCUUCGUCUAUUUGUUGAGUAAGAACCUCCUAGUUUCCCUUUGCCGACAGCACACUCCUGGUUGUAUAAAGACCCGUUUUUAGUGCGAUCGAGAGAUAAAUGAUAUAAAUGAAACUGCCUGCUUCAUUCACACAUGAUAGUAGGCAUUUGUUUUUGCCUCAUAUUUUCCAGUUAAGCCUGUUAAUUGUUUAAUGGCAGGCAGUUUCUCCCCUGCUUUCGGUGGCAGUUAACCUGCCAAAUUGUGUACUAUAUGAUCGUAUUGCUAAAGAUAACAUUUGACACACCUGUUUAAAUUGGCAUUAAUCACGUAUUUUCGAUUUUCUUUUCAAUCGUUUUCUCACCGUAGCUACAUGACAGGUUCACGCAGGCUGUACUUUGAUGUUACCAUGUAUGCAGCUAUUUCGAGAAAGGUUGUCUGAAAAUAUGUGUAUGCGACAAUCCCGAGAAGGUAAUAUGAGAUAUGAUCAAUACACUGUUCCUGACACCGAAGCUGUCGAACCUACUUUGGUUGCUCUCCUUAAGCACUCGCAAACAUACGUCUAAGGCCUGCCAAAUUUCUUUAAAGAACAGUCAGACCCCAAAAUUACCCACAAUGCUUUUCGGGAUUUUCGCGUACACUUUUUCCGAAACGGCCUUUCUCGAAAUAGCUGUAUCAUUGUCUAACGUGUACUGUGCUAGACUGCGAGCAGUCCCUCUUCAGUAAGUCGAGUCUAAGCUCGGCAGGACUGGAGAAAGCGAAAUGGCCGAGAGGGAAACUGUUGAGAGGCUUCGCAGGGGGCUUACAGUUGUCAAUAAAAUUUCUGACUCAAACAACAUACGCAAUAUACAGAGCAGUAAUUCAAAGUUUCUUGACUGCAUGUGUACAAUUCCGCAGGUACGUCGCCAAGUUAAGCAUGAAUUCAACGGCGAACGGAUCCAGCGGAUCUUGGAACUCCUUAAAUUUCUUUGCGUUGAAAAUCGAGUGUGUCUGAUCAUCAUCGUUUCACUGGUCGCAAAUUCUCUCAUUGUUAUCAUCGUUUGUAAAACGCCAAACUUAAAAAAACCGAUAAAUUAUUUUAUCGCAAAGAUAGCCUCAUCUGAUUUGCUGUAUCUAAUAUUCCUGAUACCUUGGCGCCUAUCCAACUUGCACACCAAUUACUCGUUUCUUAUAGGUGGUCAGCUUGGUCAGGCCUUGUGUAAGCUUGUCCCUUUCUUUAGUAACGUUUCCAUUGUCGUGUCGACUCAGAAUCUGAUUCUGAUAGCAGUGGAUCGAUUUGGAGCCGUGCUAUUUCCACUCCGUUCGCCACUCAUCAGAUCCAAGCUGUGUACCUUCUUUAUUCUUGCCACGUGGACGUUUGCCAUAGUUUUUAUUUCGCCAGAUUUGUUGGCCUUCGAGCUCGUUGAAUACCCGGAGGGAGCCAGGUGUGUACGGAGAUGGAAGAAAGUAUUCGGAGAAUCCUCGUCCUUUGCAAGUUUGCUUCUAGCUUACAACAUUCUGUUUACAUACAUACCUGUGCUGUUGUUAGUCAUUCUUUACUCCAUCAUCUUUAUCAAGCUCAAGACACAGGCACACCCAGGUGAACAGUCGACCAACAAUCAGCAACAGCGGAAAAGAAAAAGCGGAAACGUUCUUCAAAUGUCCAUUGCUAUCGUAACAGUGUUUGUGCUUUGCUGGUUACCUUUCAGUACUAACCAUUUAAUGAUAGCGUAUCAGGAUAGUGCUGCCCAUUUCUCGUGUAGCUUCCAGAUAUACUUUGAGGUAACCUUCUUUCUGGUUCACGCUUACUGUGCUAUCAACCCGAUUAACUGCUUCAUGUUUAGUAGUAAUUAUCGGCAAGCGGAUCCAGACCUUGAGAUAAGGAGGGGGUGAUCAUCCAGACCCUUAGAUGAGGGAAGGGGCAGGUCUCAAAAAAAAUUUUUUCGACCCUUCGGGCCUUAGUUUGGUCUAAAAAUAAAGGGGAACGGGCCCGCCCGGGCCCUUCCCUUGGAUCCGCCACUGAAUAAACUCAGGGAUGGACCCCGCACCCUCUCAGCAGCAGAGCUGUUCAUUCGCUCGCUCGGUCACUUGGUGUCACUCAACAAAUUAGGAGGUUCUGCUCGCAGGUUGAGAUGGACCAUUAGAAACGUUAUGGGGGAGGGGGGUGGGUGAAGUACAAAAUAAAUAUUCAUGCAAGGGGGAAAUAAGCUGAAAAAUAAAGAGAAAUGUUAACGAAAAAUGAUAUGUAUCAUAACAGUUUUCAGGGAUCGAUUUCUAAAUAAGACAAACACAAUGGCUUAGUAUUCAUUAAUCUGCUCGCUGUAGUAUAGCAGGGGCAGCGAUUCCUUUUUCGUUUUUUCCGCCCCGCGAACAUUUCGCGUGUCUUUCCGCCCGACUAUCUGAGAGCCUGGAACAGCUCAGUUUAACCAAUGUAAAGAAGUAGGAAUGGUAACGGAUGGAAAAAAGACUUAGUGCCGCGUAUCAGCGACAGAACUGAUGUAAUUGCAGGUGUUCAAUCCAGGCCGCUGACAUGCGCGGGAACAGAAGACGCGUCGUCUGUGGAACAGACCAUCAUGUUCCUUAAACUGACGUCGCGCUUGUAAGCCGCAAAAGGUGGUUGCAUGAGGAAAGACACAUCGAGUUUGCUCAUUUGUUGAACAGAAUAGAGUGCGAAAGUUCUGUAGUAGAAAUCGUUUGACCUAAAUGUUUAACCGGCGGUAUAUGAGAUCAAGCCGUACUCUAUCAACGUUACGUCACGCUUUUAGCACGGGAGCAGCGCGUCAUGACGGUUAUGGUUGCAUUGAUAUGAGUUACGCGGGUAAGUUUUCAGGUCAUUCUUAAGAUAAAAUGCCACAACAUUAUCGAGAGACAAGAAUUGUAGUAAAGAAAUACUGAAGGUUGUAGCAAUUAAAAGCUGUCAAAGACACGUAAGCCUUGUCUUUUUGUUUAAAGAAGAACGUUAAUUUUUUUAUAACCUCCUAUUUUAAGUUCGAUCGAGAAGUGAAUGCAUAAAAACUGCAUGUUUUAUGCACACGUGAUAACAUGCAUUUAUAGUUUUGCCUCAAAUUCCUGUUUAGCCUGGGCUUUUAUGGCUUAAAGUCAGCUACACCCCUCAGUGCUUCCUGUAUUUAACUAUCAAAUAGUGCAGUUGAUGAUCGAAUAAGCGUAUUUUCAAAUUGGCACAUCAACUAACAACACUUCCAUUUGUUAAUGGAAAGAAUAAUGGCUUUACAAUAAUUGACAAGAAAAACACAUUUUAGUCUAUUUAAUCGAUUUUGUCUAGUUUUUGCCAGGGAGAAAAUUUUGUCGGCGGCGCCUUUGAAGAUUGUCCCGUCUCAGGCAAAAUUUAAAAAAUGCGCGACAAACCAUCCGCAUCAUUUAUUAGGCGUUGAUGAUGACAGGAUAUUCCGCUAUUCAUAAGCUCUCUUUACAUUUUCGCCGAAAGCAUAUUAGUUUUGAAAAGUAGGUUGUUACAUAAAUGACAAUAAACUCAGUCCUUUCUCUUUUAAAUGACUCUCGUCAUUAAACGCCCCUCUUGGAACCCUGAAAGUAGUAAUCUUUAUUAAAUACAAAUGAAGUGUCACAACGUUAUCGAAAAAAAAGAGCUGUAGCCAACAAGUACCGAAUUUUGUAACAACUAAAACUGAGCAGUCAAAAGAGUCUGAACAAGCCCUUGUCAGAAGAACCUGCUAGUUUCUUUUUGCCGACACCAGACUUCUGGUUUUCCCAUUUUUAGCUCGAUCGAGAAGUAAAUGUUAUAAAAACUUCAUGUUUUAUACACACGUGAUAAUAUGCACUUAUUUUUUCCUCACAUUCACCUGUUAAGCCUGGGCUUAAUGACCUGAAGGGAGCUUCGCUUCUGCUUCCUGUGGUUAACUGUCAAACUUGUGUAGUUGAUGAUGGUACUACCAAAGAUAUCAUUUUUUAAUGUGUUAAAAUACACUUGUUUAAUCAUCUUCUCAAUCGAUUUCUUAAUACAACCACAUGACCUAAAUGAAGUCUUCUGGUUGGUUUGUAACAUACUAAUACCAAACUGUUUCUGUCAAAAGGUCAGUCGGCGGAUAAUGCCGGAACAUCACAAUACAAAGUCACUUUUUGAAGGCCUCAUAGGACAGCUGUGCUGUGGCUUCGCCGGGGGCUUAGAAUUGUCAAUAAAAGUUCUGACUCACACAGGAUACGAAAUAUACAGAGUAGCAGUUCAAAGUUACUUAACUGCAUGUGUACGACUCUGUAGAUACGUCGCUAAGCUAAGCAUGAACUCAACGGCGAACGGCUCCAGCGGAACUUUGAGCUGCUUAAAUUUUACUGCGUUGAAAAUCGGAGGAACCGUUACCUACUGUCUGAUCUUUAUCGUUUCACUGGUCGCAAACUCUUUAAUUGUUAUCCUCGUUUGCAAAACGCCGAACUUAAAAAAACCGAUAAAUUGUUUCAUCGCAAACAUGGCCUCAUCUGAUUUGCUGUUUCCAAUAUUCUGGAUACCUGGAUCCUGUCACACUUGCACACCAAUUACUCGUUUCUUAUCGGUGGUCAGCUUGGUCAGGCCUUGUGUAAACUUGUCCCUUUCUUUGGUAACGUUUCCUUUGUCGUUUCGAUUCAGAAUCUGA